GGUAGUUGCAGUUGCACAUCCAUGUAGGAUACUCCCCAACAGGAAACAACGACCUGCACGUUAGUAGGCGCCGUUCUCUGGUUGUCAUCCAGAUCGCUCCCAUCUGUGCGCACUGCUGCUGCCUCUUGUUCCAGGACUCAUUAAAGACAGCGCUUUGAACUCCGAGCCCAGUGUGCAGGAGUUAGUUGUGAAUGUAAAAGUUAGUCCACGGAGCCUGAUAAGACCUUGGUUGCAAAUUUAAGCAAAACAAAACAAUAUAUUUUGUUUAUUUUCUUAACAUCAAAGGGACUUUUGGAGCAGGAUUUCAGCAUGGAUACAGCCAGCGACUCUAUCGGGGAAAGUAAGCCGGUGUGUCAGUGCGCGCCGAAGUCCGUGAUCCAGCGGUGGCUUCCAGGAUUUCAUAUCGCUCUGUGCCUGUUGAUGUCAAUGAGCUCCGUCGCCUUGUGUCUUUUCAUGAGCUUCAGGACUUUCCAGCUGGAGAACCGUCUGCAGAUGGAGAUGGACAAAGCGUCCAUCUUCCAGCCGAAGCACGCGGCUUUUCUAAACGAGGAUGGGACCCUGAUUCCAGAGCUGAGCACCUCCAUAGGGAGGCUCGUGGAGGAGAAAAUUGGAGAGAUGAAACCAAAAAUGCGGACAGCUAGGGAUGUUGGUCAAGAUUGCUCCUGUCCUCCAGGGCCUCCAGGAAAGCGAGGAAGGAUGGGAAGAAGAGGGGAUCCUGGUGCUCCUGGCAAGGCUGGACGGGAUGGAUACCCGGGUCCUCUUGGUUUGGAUGGGAAACCAGGUUUUCCAGGUCCCAAGGGAAGCCAGGGACCAGCCGGACCCAAGGGAGAUAAGGGUGACCAAGGAGAUGUUGGGCCAAGGGGUCAUCCUUACCACAGCACAUAUGCAGGUCUGCACAGUAAUCAGAUUCCCAUCAAGGGUGACCAAGGCCAGGCUGGACCAGCUGGUCCUCCCGGUCCGCCAGGUCCCCCUGGUCCCAGAGGCCCUCCUGGGAACACAGGCAAGGACGGACCGCGUGGCCCUGCUGGAGAGCCGGGUUUUCCCGGUCGAGAUGGCCUUGAGGGGUCACAAGGAUUACCAGGAAAGCCGGGAGAAGAUGGUGAACCAGGCUACCCAGGACCACAGGGCCCUCCAGGAAUAAAGGGCGAGCAAGGUACAGGGGGAAAAGGAGAGAGAGGCAUGGAUGGACUCCCAGGACUAAAGGGAGACAAAGGGGAGAUAGGAGAUCAAGGACUGCAGGGACCCAUGGGUUAUCCUGGUGAAAAAGGUUCCUCAGACAUCAUUGACUUUAACGGGAAGCUUCUAGAUGCGAUCCAGGCAAUCAACAGCAUCAGCGUUUCGGGCCAACCAGGACCACCUGCCCCAGGCCGCCCAGGGGAGAAGGGCGAGCUUGGUUUACCUGGGCCAGCAGGAGUUGAUGGGGAGAAUGGACCUAAAGGGGACAUGGGUGAGGCCGGACCACCUGGCGAGAGGGCAGAGAAGGGGGAGAUGGGGCUCUCUGGGCCUGCUGGUGUGGACGGACAUAAAGGAGAGAAAGGCGACUGCAGAAUGGAAGACAACCUGGUUCAGAUGAUUUCCCAGCCAGGCCCACCCGGCCCGCCCGGCCCACCUGGAGUACCUGGGUCCCCUGGAUCCAUGGGGCUACAUGGGAUGCCUGGUCCAAAGGGUGAGCCUGGAUACGGGAUGAGAGGAGACAAAGGAGAGACUGGCGCUCCUGGACCCAAAGGAUUAGACGGCCUAAAGGGCUCUUCCGGGUUAGUGGGUCUUCCAGGUGCAAAGGGAGAAAAGGGCAGACCAGGGGAGCCUGGACUAGAUGGUUUCCCGGGUCUUAUGGGGGAUAAAGGUGACCGAGGAGAACGAGGGGACAAGGGUGACAGGGGAGGAGUGGGAAAAAGAGGUCUGAAGGGCCAGAAAGGAGAGCAGGGUCCUCCAGGACUAGACCAACCCUGUCCUGUGGGUUGUGAUGAGACUAAAGGUCUGUCUGAGAAGGCAGGGCUUUCUUCCCCUCCACCUCCUCCUAUUCCUCCUUCUGGCCGUGAGGCCCCCUGUCCUGUGGUAGAGUAUUUCUUCCUCCUUCCUCUUCCUCUUUUAUCACUAUUUAUGCAUGUAUGUAUUACUUCACUCUCAUACGACCGAUGGCUACACAAAUUGAAACACCAUUAACAGGCAGAAACAAUGGCCCUGGCGGUCUGACCUCUAACCUCU